UUUUUUUAUAUAAAUUUUAUUUUAAGUUAGCGCGUAUAUAAAAAUAUAUAUAUACAUAUAUGAUCUUAUUCUACUAGAUGAUAAUGAUAUUAAAUUCAUAAUUCCAUGAAGCUUAUUAAUGGUUAUGGAACCCACAUGAAAACUACAGUGUGCCACCUCUCAAAUCAACAAGUUCCAUAUAGGCAGGAAGCCAUUGCGUGCAGCGCAGUUGUUUUACAGCUUAUGGCUUGUAUUAUAUUUGUUUCUGUGGAUUUUUCAGCAGCAUAGUAGAAUUAACAUCAUAAACAAAUUUUUUUUUUUUUUUUUAUCUAUAUUUCUGCACUAUACUGCACGGAGCCGUUACGCGCUUUUCUUUCUCUGUGAUUCUUGUUGCAAUCCUCGUCUUUCUAUUCAAUCUCGCAGUUUCAACUUUUGAAUGGCUGCCAAUCGCAAUCCAGUUUGCACUGAAGUGAAGGCAAUUGCAAAUGCGUAGGUGAUUCUAAAGAUCAAGCCUCAAAACCAAAUGAAGAGCCUAAAGAUAACGUCUCGCUAGUUGUUUGCUUUGGGGAAAUGUUGAUAGAUUUUGUGCCAACAAUUGGUGGAAUUUCACUGGCGGAAGCACCUGCUUUCAAGAAGGCUCCUGGGGGUGCACCUGCUAAUGUAGCGGUUUGCAUAUCAAGGCUAGGUGGUUCAUCAGCUUUUAUAGGCAAGCUAGGUGACGAUGAUUUUGGCUACAUGUUGGCUGACAUUUUAAAACAGAACAACGUCAAUAAUUCUGGUGUGCGUUUUGAGCGCAGCGCAAGGACUGCCCUGGCUUUUGUUACUCUCAGAGCUGAUGGUGAACGUGAAUUCUUAUUUUUCCGUCAUCCCAGUGCAGACAUGCUUCUUCAUGAGUCAGAGCUACAUAUAGAUCUCCUCAAGCAGGCAAGGAUCUUUCAUUAUGGUUCUAUCAGUUUGAUUGCGGAACCAUGCAAGUCUGCUCAUCUUGCUGCAAUGAGGAUUGCCAAAAACUCUGGCAGCAUCCUUUCUUAUGAUCCAAAUUUGAGAUUGGCAUUAUGGCCAUCACCAGAGGCUGCUCGGGAAGGCAUAAUGAGUAUAUGGGAACAAGCUGAUGUUGUUAAGAUAAGUGAGGAGGAAAUCGCGUUUUUAACCGGAGGAGAUGAUCCUAAUGAUGAUAAUGUGGUCUUAAAGAAGCUUUUCCAUCCUAAUCUAAAGCUAUUGGUCGUGACUGAAGGCCCUGAAGGCUGUAGAUAUUACACCAAGGAAUUCAAGGGCAGGGUUGCUGGUGUUAAAGUGAAACCUGUUGACACAACUGGUGCAGGUGAUGCCUUUGUUGGUGGGAUUCUCAGAAGCCUAGCAUCUGAUCUAAGUCUAUUGAAGGAUGAGAUGCGGUUAAGAGAAGCUCUUCUUUUUGCAAAUGCCUGUGGUGCUGUUACAGUAACAGAGAGGGGCGCAAUACCUGCACUACCCACCAAAGAAGCCGUCCUCAAACUCUUAGGGAAAGUUCCUGCUUGAUGAAAUUAAGAUGCCGUAGUUUUCAAUCCUUCACAGUUUUCAAGCUUUUGCCUAUGAACAAAAUGGUUGGAAUAAGGCCCUCCCUCUCUCUCUAUUGGGCUUUUUUUGAUUUCAAGUGUUGUAGAUUAGAUUGAUUAAUAAAAUGUUAGACUGCAAAUCUAGUCUCAUCAUACACAUAUAAAUUAAAAGCUUUGGAUUGAUCA